AUGUCGAGCGUCGAUGCAGUCAACCAAGGGGUGACCAUCCUAGGUCCUUUGAACAACCAGACGAGGAAGAUCCUAACCAAGGAAGCCACUGCAUUUCUUGCCCUUCUCCAUAGAUCUUUCAAUGGCACGCGCAAGGAUUUGUUGCGGCGAAGAGAUCUUCGACAAACAGAAUUAGACAAGGGAAUUGUCCCUGAUUUCCUGCCCGAGACGAAGCAUAUUCGUGAAAACGAUGCAUGGAAAGGAGCUUCGCCUGCCCCGGGUCUCAUAGACAGGAGAGUUGAAAUCACAGGGCCCACAGACCGAAAGAUGGUUGUCAAUGCACUAAACUCAAACGUGUGGACGUACAUGGCAGACUUCGAAGACUCUAGCGCCCCAACGUGGGAUAACAUGAUCAACGGUCAAGUGAAUUUGUACGAUGCGAUCCGCAAGCAAGUCGACUUCCAGCAAGGCGAGAAGGCAUAUAAAUUGAGAACCGACCGGACGCUUCCUACUCUCAUUGCUCGCGCUAGAGGCUGGCAUCUGGAAGAGAAGCAUCUUACCGUCGAUGGCGACGCAAUUUCCGGCAGUCUUUUCGAUUUCGGUCUUUAUUUCUUCCACAAUGCCCAUGAGCUAGUCAAGACAGGGACCGGUCCAUAUUUCUAUCUUCCGAAGAUGGAGUCGUAUCUAGAAGCACGCUUGUGGAACGACGUAUUCAAUCUUGCCCAAGAUUCGAUCGGAAUGCCUCGGGGUACCAUUCGUGGAACUGUCCUGAUCGAGACAAUCCUUGCGGCAUUCGAGAUGGAAGAGAUCAUUUACGAGCUUCGAGAUCACAGUGCUGGCUUGAACUGUGGUCGUUGGGAUUAUAUCUUCAGCGUGAUCAAGAAAUUUCGCCAGAACUCGAAUUUUGUUUUACCAGAUCGAUCGUCUGUGACGAUGACAGUACCGUUUAUGGAUGCUUAUGUUCAGUUGCUCAUCAGAACCUGCCACAAGCGUGGUGUGCAUGCGAUGGGUGGUAUGGCAGCUCAGAUACCGAUCAAGGAUGACAAGGCGGCUAAUGACAAGGCAAUGGCCAAUGUAUAUGCUGACAAGCUUCGCGAGGUCCGUGCAGGUCAUGACGGUACCUGGGUAGCUCAUCCUGCUUUAGCAGCUAUCGCGACUGAGGUCUUCAAUAAGCAUAUGCCAACUCCGAAUCAGCUUUUCAAACGGCGAGAGGACGUCCAUAUUAUCGGCAAUGAUUUGCUAAACAUGAAUGUUCCGGGUAAAGUAACGGAAGACGGUAUCCGCAAAAACCUCAACAUCGGUCUAGGCUAUAUGGAGGGUUGGCUGAGAGGUGUGGGAUGUGUGCCUAUUAAUUAUCUCAUGGAGGAUGCAGCAACGGCUGAGGUUAGCCGGAGCCAGCUCUGGCAAUGGUGCAAGCAUGGCAUUUCUACUGCCGAGGGAACAAAAGUUGAUAAAUUCUUCGCACAAAGACUGCUUAAGGAGCAAGCGGAUGAGCUGGCAUCGAAGGCGCCUAGAGGCAACAAGUUCCUACUUGCAGCGCAAUAUUUCGCUGGCCAAGUGACUGGCGAAGAUUAUGCAGACUUCCUGACAAGUCUGCUGUACAACGAGAUAACGUCGGUUGGACCGGGUGCCAAGCUCUGA